AUGGCCACGCUCAUGCUCAUGGCCACAGCCACGCAGCAGAGUGAGAUUAUCGAGCUCGCGGCCGAGGAGGGCCAUGAUGCGGAUAUCCCGACCAACUUGGGCGUGCUGCCGGAUUUAGUCGACGUGAAGAAGAAGGAGCUGCGGCGACAUAACAACAACAACAAUCACCACGACGGCGUGACAGAAGCCAGCCGAGACAUUGACCUCGAGAAGAGCGAAGUAUCAUCCGCCAAGUCCUCGCUGGCUGAGCAAGAGGAAGAGAAUGAAGAUUCCCCAGCGCCAGCCGAGCGCGACGCCAACAUCGUCGACUGGGACGGCCCCUCCGACCCCGCGAACCCGCUCAACUGGCCCGCACGCAAGAAAUGGGGCACGAUAGCCAUCGUAUCAGCAUUUACAUUCCUAACGCCGCUCGGGUCCUCAAUGUUCGCCCCCGGGGUGCCAGAACUAAUGGCCGAGUUCAACUCCAACAGCAGCAUCCUCGCCGGCUUCGUCGUCUCCAUCUACGUGCUCGGCUUCGCGUUCGGCCCGCUGGUCAUUGCGCCCCUGAGCGAGAUGGUCGGCCGUCUGCCGCUGUACCAUGCCUGCAAUGUGCUGUUCAUUGCGUUUAAUGUGGGCUGCGCGCGCAGCUCCAGCUUGGGCAUGCUCAUUGCGUUUCGCUUCCUGGCGGGGUGCGUGGGCGCGUCGCCUUUGACACUGGGGGGUGGCACGAUUGCUGACUUGAUGCCGCGUGAGCAGAGGGGCACUGCUAUGGGGUUUUGGGUCGCGGGACCGACGGUUGGGCCUGUGGUUGGCCCCAUCGCCGGCGGCUUCCUUUCCCAAGCCGCCGGCUGGCGCUGGGUCUUCUACCUCAUAAGCAUCACGGCCGGCGUCAUCGCAGUGAUGGGAUUCCUGCUCCUGCAAGAAACUUACGGCCUGGCGAUCCUAAACCGGCGAGUGCGGCGCCUGCGCAAAGAGACAGGCAACACGGCGCUGCGCUCGGCCCUCGACGCCGGGCUGAGCCCCAAAACACUCUUCGCGACAUCGAUCGUGCGACCGACGAAGCUACUCCUCCGCUCGCCCAUCGUCUUCCUGCUAAGCCUAUACGUCGCCGUCGCCUACUCGUACCUGUACAUCCUCUUCACGACGUUCACGUCCGUCUUCGAGUCGCGCUACGGCUUCGGCCCCGGCAUCGCGGGCCUGACGUAUCUGGGCGUCGGGCUCGGCAGCGUCGCCGGCCAGCUCACGUACACCAUCCUCGGCAACCGCAGCGUGCGGGCGCACCUUGCGGCCGGCGACUUCAAGCCCGAGCACCGCUUGCCGCUCAUGUUUCCGGGCGCCGUGGCUAUGCCCAUCGGCUUGUUUUGGUAUGGCUGGAGCAUCCACGCUCAUGCACAUUGGAUCGUCCCGAUCUUGGGGACUAGCUUGAUCGGCUUUGGCUUGCUGCUGAUUUUUAUGGCGCCCAACACGUACCUCGUCGACGUCUACACGCGCCACGCCGCCUCCGCCAUGGCAGCAAACACAGUGCUCCGCUCCGUCGUCGCGGCCUUUGUGCCCCUGGCCGGACAAGACAUGUACGCGGCGCUGGGGCUGGGCUGGGGCAACAGCCUGCUGGGCUUUGUGGCGCUCGCGCUCGUGCCGAUUCCUAUCUUCUUCGUCAAGUACGGGGAGCGCAUCCGCAGGAGCGAGAAGCUGCGGCUGUAG